AUGGACGACCGGGAGCUGCAGCGCGAGAGGACGCUCGCGGCGGAUAACCCGGCCAUGUCUGUGCCAGCGAGCCAAAGCCUGACGUGGACUACUACUGGACGAAGUGGCGCGCGCAACAGGGUUCCUACCGACGACGCCAUCAGCAGCAGCCAGACUACACAGGUAUCUACCGAUAGCGGCUCUCCCAACACCACGAAUGCGGCCAAGACACGCUCCGCCACUACCUUCCCUUCAACGCAGCAGUUGCCCUCCAAACACGACCGCGGCUGGCGGCGCAUAACGCGCAACUUCUCGCCCUCGUGGUUCUCCGUGACCAUGGGCACGGGCGUCGUCUCGCUCCUUCUGAUCAACGUUCCGCUCGCCUUUCCUAGCCAUACCGCACAAAAUUGGCUGUACUGGCUCUCUGUCCUGUUCUUGUGCCUCAACGCGAUUCUCUUCGUCCUGGCCUUCACUAUCUCAGUCCUGCGGUAUACUUUGUAUCCAGAGAUCUGGUCCGUCAUGGUGCGCGACCCGACCAACUCGCUCUUCCUGGGCACUAUUCCCAUGGGCUUCGCAACGAUAGUCAGUGCGUGGACGCUCGCGUGUACGCCAUAUUGGGGUCGAUGGAGUAUCAUGCUUGCGUUGGGAGCAUGGAUGGUGGACUCAGUGGUGGCGGUCAGCGUGACGCUAGCGCUGCCGUUCCUGCUUAUGAGCCAGAGCCACCAGCAGAGUCUCGACAGGAUCACGGCGGCACAGCUGUUGCCGAUUGCGGCGACGAUUGUUGCGGCUGGGACGGGUGUGACUGUGGCGGCGAAGUUGGUGACGAGGGAAGAGGAUGUCGGGAAGGCGCUGGGGACUUUGAUUACGUGCUAUGUCCUUUGGGGCAUGGCGACACCGAUGGCGAUUACAGUGUUGGUCAUGUACUAUCAGCGGCUGGCUUUGCAUAAGCUGCCGAGCAGGGAGGUCAUCGUGAGUUGUUUCCUGCCGCUGGGUCCACUGGGAAUGGGCGGGUAUGCGAUCAUGCAGUGUGGGAAAGUCGCGAGGACGGUCUUUCCUGCUACGGAGUUCUUGGGUGCCGCUGGCGGUACGGCGGGUGAUGUGGUCUAUGUGCUGGGCGUGUUCAUUGCCUUGAUCAUGUGGGCGUUUGGGUUGGUAUGGUUCGUCUUUGCGCUGAGCGCGAUCUGGAGCGUCAGGCACUUUCCGUUCAAUAUGGGCUGGUGGGGAUUCACGUUUCCAUUGGGAGUAUACUCAUUGAGCACGAUGCACUUGGGCAUCGAGCUGCCGAGUCUCUUCUUUCGCGUACUCGGUACGAUUUUCGCGGUCGCUGUUGUUUUGCUCUGGAUCGUUGUGGCUGCUGGUACUGCGAGAGGCGCAUGGAAGGGACACUUGUUCUUUGCGCCGUGCUUGAGAAACCUGAAGCCAGCUGAUCAAGUUAAAGGCGCCGUGGAGGAGAAUGAGCGAGAUGCGGAAAAGAGCAUUAGUCCACCUGGGUUGAGGGCCGUCAAUGACAGCACUAAGAAGGCGGCCUUUGACGAAUUCGAUGCACUGUUGGUGCCUUCCGACCAUCUGCCAGAAGCAAGUGCAACCAUCAACAACUAUGGUAUCUACUGCUACAUGAAACUUGGCAUUGGUCAGGUAUCCAGAUGA